AGUCGUAUGCAUCAUACAUCAUCUGUGUUGCUGGCAUUAUUGAUGAUGAUGUACGAUUUUUAUCCGCAAUCAUUCUUUACAAAGUUAUACAUUCAUUUGUAUUAAUAAUACGUGAUUAUGAGGCAGUAAUCUAUAUCCAAAUAUGAAUGCGACAACAGAAAUUAUAGUUAAUAAAAAAUUAUAUAAUGCAACGGAUUUUUACGUAGGUUUGGGACUAGCGAUUAGUUCCUGCGGUUUUAUAGGCGCUAGUUUUAUUAUAAAAAAAAAAGCGUUAAUUCGUCUGCAAAGAUACGGCGCGUUACGAGCUUCGUCUGGAGGAUUUGGAUACUUGAAAGAAUGGGUAUGGUGGGUUGGUCUUCUUUCAAUGGGAAUAGGAGAAGCAAGUAAUUUUGCUGCUUAUAUGUUUGCUCCAGCUUCAUUGGUUACACAAUUAGGUGCACUCAGUGUUCUAAUAUCUGCAGUAUUAGCAUCAAAGUAUUUAGACGAAAGACUUAAUUUACUAGGAAAGAUUGGCUGCCUUUUAUGCAUCUUAGGUUCUACGAUUCUUGUACUUCAUGCUCCCAAAGAAGAAGAAAUUAGAACAUUAAAUGAGCUUUUAGACAAGAUCAAGAAUCCAGGAUUUAUUGUCUACGUUUUAGUUAUAAUAAUAUGCAGUCUUUUAAUAAUUUUUCAUUUUGGCCCUGUUUGUGGAAAGCAGAAUAUAAUCGUGUACAUUUGUCUGUGUUCAUCUAUCGGCUCGUUAACUGUAAUGAGCUGCAAGGGAUUGGGAUUGGCUAUAAAAGAAACCAUUAAUGGAUUUAAUGGAUUUUCAAACUGGCUAACAUGGUUUUUUUUAUUUAGUGUUAUACUUUGCAUCAGUGUACAAAUGAAUUAUUUAAAUAGAUCGUUGGACUUAUUUGAAACCACUAUUGUGACACCAAUUUAUUAUGUAUUUUUUACAACAUUAGUAAUAAUUGCUUCCGCUAUACUGUUCAGAGAAUGGGAAAAUAUGAGUGCAGAAGAUAUUUUGGGUUCUUUUUGUGGUUUUUUCAUUGUGAUAAUUGCAAUAUUUUUAUUGAAUGCAUUUAAAGAACUAGACAUACACUAUGGUAAUAUAAGUCAUAUAUUACAACCUAAAAGGGAAUUAAUACGUAAUAAUACUCAGUGGACUAUUAAGAAUGAAGAAACAUUAAUAACAAGAACAGGUAUAGAACUAGAGCAUACAUACAGAACUCAACCUUUAUUAAGAAACUUUUAGCAAUUAUGCUUUGAGCAUUAAUAAUGCGAUACCGUACACAGUGAUGGACAUAUAUUUACAAAUACUUGGCAUUAAAUUCUGUGUUUGUUAAUAUCGUAUCGAAAGGGUAUAAAUAAAUAUCCACUGUGAUUUUUUUAAUGGCAUAUUGUAUACAUACAUACAUACGUAUGUGCAGAAUAAUUUUUGAUCAACUUAAACUUUAAAUAAGAUAGCAACGAUUAUAGUCAUAUUUAUGUUUUGUCUUGCAGACAUAUAUUUACAAACAAUAUAUUUUUGAUAUCAUGACACUAGUUUCGAGGGUCAAAAUUAUAUCAGAUAUUAUUUUAACUUGUAGUAACUCUAGUAUUUUGUCGUUUUGCCGUUUGCAUUGUCGAUUGAUGCACAACGCCUUUACUUGGUUUUUAUCAAACAAACACAGUCAUUGGCGUGAAUCAAAUUCUAUGCAUCCUCGAUUAAUAAAAUUGUUAUUAUUUACAUGCUUGUAAGUAUAUGUAUGUUUGCUAUUGUAUGUGGUAAUGUGCAUCCGAUACAAUGUUAUAAUUGCGAGCAAAUUGUUAUUUAAAGUACC